GAGAAAGACUGAGAAAAAUAAAAUGAGAGAGUGGGGGGAGAGAUUGAAGAGAGGCUUGGGAAAAUGUUCAGUGGAAAAUCUAGAAAUGAUGUAAGAGAAAGCAAAGGCAGGGAUUGGAGUAAGGGGUGUAUAACUGAAACUAUAAAAACUCAGAGAGAAAACUCACCAUCAGGGCUGAGUUUGGGAGAAACUGCACAGAGAGGACUUUAAAGUUAGAAUCUCCUGAUUUUUCACAAGAUGCCGGACUGGAGAUUGGCAAACGCACAUUUUAUUCUGGCUGUGACGUUGAUGCUGUGGAGUUCAGGAAAAGUACACUCAGUGGAUGUAGCAACAGAGGCUUUUGAUUCUGGAGUCAUAAAUGUGCAGUCACCAUCCACAGUCAGGAAAGAGAAAUCAGCUACUAAUUUGUCAGCAAAACUCUUGCUUCUUGAUGAACUUGUGUCUUUGGAGAAUGAUGUAAUUGAAACAAAGAAGAAAAGGAGCUUCUCGGGUUUUGGGUCUCCCUUGGACAGACUCUCUGCUGGCUCUGUCGAUCAUAAAGGUAAACAGAGGAAAGUAGUAGAUCAUCCAAAAAGACGAUUCGGUAUUCCUGUGGAUCGGAUUGGUGGAAGCCGUCUCUCAAAUUCCAGAGGCUAAUUGAUUCUAACCAUGAGUAAAAUUUGGACACAGCUUCUCUGGUGAAGUGUCAUAGAAACAUGGAAGAUGCUUCAGUGAAGUUCUUUACACUCAAUAAUGAUUCAGCAUUCAAGGAACUGACCUUCUGCAAAUCCUUUCCACAGUCAGAACUUCAGUCAGUCACAUCACAGUACUGUUAUAACUUCAAUUAAAUGAUGCAGACCACUUCAAUGCAUGGAUAUUUUUUAAAUAUAUAUUUUAAUAAGCAGGAAUGGCUCCCUAGCUCCAAACCUUGCUUUUCUAAGAAACAGCCAAAACACACUAUACAUGAAAUGCUUUCUAUAUGCAUUUACCAUUUACAUUUAUGCAGUUGAAGAAUAAUAACUGAAGACUGAUUUUUUUUCUGUACAACUUAGGUACAGUCUGUUUGCUCAUUACUGAGAGAUGAGGAAAGACAAUGUUGUAUAUGUUCUCUUAAAUAUUUGAUUUCUUUUGUAUACUUUGUCAGUGAGCCUCUUGGGUAAUGAUUAUGAAAUUAGGCUUGUCUUAGCAUAUUCACAUUUCAGUGAGGUUCGGGCACAUAAAACAUAGCUCCAGUUCUAGAAAUAAAAGAAGAAUGAUUUAUAAGCAGGGGGAAAAAAAAGCAGCUAGUAAUUAAACCCAUCAAUGUUAUUCUUCCAAACAAUUGAGAAAAUACUUGAAGGUCAGAGCAUAUUGACCAAAUUAGGAAGCGAAGGAUAUCAUUCAUUUGUCAAGUUUGGAGAUCUCAUGUCCUCUAACAACUUUUCUUUUCUCUGAAUUACAACUGGUAGUUAAUUAAGAGCAGCAGCGGCUAAUUAUGAGAACAGCAGAUUGUAAAGAACACAGGAGUAACAGAUGAAAUUAUUGGGGAAAAGCAAAGAAUCACCACUAGAAUAGUCUGGAACGCAAUUAAAUACAUAUAAUUUUAGCAUAGUACUUUUUGGCAUAGUACAAUAAGCCGUCAUCUUGAUGGUACUGACACACUCAAGAAAAUAAGUCAACAGUACCCUUGUUUGAAAUAAGGCAUUCUUUUAACACUGCAAGAAAUUAAAACAUAAUUUCGAUUAAGGAUAUGAUGAGUCAUCUCAUUCAUUUGUGAAUUUCCGUGUUCUGGCAUCAAUCACAUAACUAAUUUUUCAUGAGGGAUUUCUUUCCUGGUUACAUCGUCUUAAAAUCUUCUCCACUACAAAAAUUCUAGCAAAUUCUUCCUUUAAUCUACAGAUAGUUUUAGGGAAUUAAAUUUCUCAAAGCAAACUAUUAAAAGACGAUUUAAUGGAUUCUUCUAAAAGGAAGAAGUAGCAAAAGCUUUUUUGAGUGACCUUACCCUUGAAGGUUCAAAAUGCCUGCAUAUCGUUUAACUGUUCCAAAGUUAAUAAACGUGAGAUGGUGAA